AUGAGAUCCUCCCAAGAAGCUGAUCCCACAAAAUUCUCACUUGGCGGUGGUCACGAUAAAAGAGAUGACAGGCAAGACGACGUUGGAGGCGGACUCGACGACUUCGUCGAAACGGCAAGACUAAGCUCAUCCCUCCCAACACGGCUCAACGACAAGCAGCACCCAUCCGAAACGGAAGAGGAACGCCGCAAGAAACGCAAGUCUCAGACUAUUAAGUCUUAUGUCGAUACCUAUAAGGAUGAGGAUGAUCAGCCGCCUGAGCAGGAAGAGGAACUCUUCGUUGUCGAUAAAAUCAUCGGCGAAAGCGGUGAUAUCAGUGGCGAAACUAUCUACAAAGUUCUCUGGGCGGGGUACCCGGAAUCAGAAGCGACGUGGCAAUUCGCGAACACGUUAGACAAUUGUGCGGCCUUAGAUGUAUGGCAACAGAACAAGGACGCCAACCGAACGCUGAAGAUCCACGAGGACCAGAACGCGGAGCGCAAUCCUAAUGGCCUCGCGAAUCCUCCUCCGCCCCCUCCUCCGACAACCGCGUUGACGACGAUCCCUAAUGGCACCUAUCAAAAACACCAUCCUGCUUCUAAAAACGCCGCAAACGCCUUCCAGGCCUUCGACGAUCCGCCGCCCAAACGCCAGGCACAACUAGGUCUCAAUUGA